CUCCUGUGAAGGCUGUAAAAAACGGCCCUCUUAAAGUUCCUGGUGGGGGAAGAGAGAAGGGGUCUGAACUAACGAAGGGAAAAGGGGUGUUGAACUGUGCUCAGAGGAUAAAUACCGAAGCAGAAAACACACCGGAGCGACCGUUAAACCGGUGCGGUACUGGAAAUCAAGGUCUUGGGUGCCUGAGAACGUCAAAAAAUAAAGAAAAUGGCGGAGCCGGACAAAUUAAACAUCGACUCCAUAAUUCAGCGUCUCUUGGAAGUCAAGGGCUCUCGGCCAGGAAAGAAUGUCCAGCUGACAGAGAAUGAGAUCCGUGGCCUUUGCCUCAAGUCCCGCGAAAUCUUCCUCAGCCAGCCAAUCCUGCUCGAGCUUGAGGCUCCGCUCAAAAUCUGCGGUGAUGUCCAUGGUCAAUACUAUGACCUGCUGCGAUUGUUUGAGUAUGGAGGCUUCCCCCCAGAGAGCAACUACCUGUUCCUGGGCGACUAUGUAGACAGAGGGAAGCAGUCUCUGGAGACCAUCUGCCUGCUGCUAGCCUACAAGGUCAAAUAUCCAGAGAACUUCUUCCUGCUACGUGGCAACCAUGAAUGCGCCUCCAUCAACCGCAUCUACGGGUUUUAUGACGAGUGUAAGCGACGGUAUAACAUAAAGCUGUGGAAGACCUUCACAGACUGCUUCAACUGUUUACCUGUGGCUGCCAUUGUAGACGAGAAGAUUUUCUGCUGCCAUGGAGGACUCUCUCCUGAUCUCCAGUCCAUGGAGCAGGUACGCAGAGUAAUGCGACCCACAGACGUGCCUGACCAGGGCUUGCUGUGCGACCUGCUGUGGGCCGAUCCAGACAAAGACGUCCUGGGCUGGGGAGAAAACGACCGUGGUGUCUCCUUCACAUUUGGGGCAGACGUGGUGGCCAAAUUUUUGCACAAACAUGACAUGGACCUUAUAUGCAGGGCGCAUCAGGUGGUAGAAGAUGGUUAUGAAUUCUUUGCAAAGAGGCAACUUGUUACUCUUUUCUCUGCUCCCAACUACUGUGGGGAGUUUGAUAACGCCGGUGCCAUGAUGAGUGUGGAUGAGACACUCAUGUGCUCCUUCCAGAUUCUGAAGCCAGCAGAUAAGAAGUUGUAUUCUUUCGGCGGAGGCGGCGGGAUGGGGUCCGGGAGACCGGUCACCCCGCCGCGAAAUUCAGCCAAGGGCGCAAAGGCCAAGAAAUAACACCCGCUGGGUCCCCCUCCCAGAACCAACCACCCCCUGUUACCCCAACGCUCUCUUCCUCUACCUCCCAAACUUGUUUCUCCAUCGUCACCAAACAGCAACAAAGCAAACAGUAUCCAGGGUUCAGUCCUGUUUUUUUUUUUUUUUCUAUAAAACUAUUUUUAACUGUUUGUUUGGCUGUUUGGAUGUGUGUUUGGAAAGUGAGAAUGAGACAGAGGGAUUCGCUGUAUUCUGUGCAUAAGUUUUUUUUUUUUUCCUCCUUCUUUCUUUUUCCUCAUUUACCCUCUGCUGCGUUACCCUGUCAUUUUGUAGAAAUGUCCCCUCAGUGAUGUAAAUGCAAACCCGGGUGCUGGGGAGGACGGGAAGGGGGAGCGGGAGAAAGAGAGGAGCCUUUGCUGUUUAUGUUAAGGCUCUGCACUGUUUAAUGCUAAACACAAGCUUUUGUACAUCCUGUUUGAGAGGUCUGUGUGUCUGCGUCUGUGUGUUUGUGUGGAAGUGUAUGUUUGUAUGUGUGUGUAUGUGGAAGUUGGGGUGGAUGGGUGAGGGAGGGCGGGGUCAAGUUGCACGGUCAAACGGUAACGGCACAUACCACACACUGAGAGCACAGGUGGAUAUGUGCAGAUGAAUCCUUGAAUAAAAACGGAUUCACCAUGAGUUAGUACCCCCCUUUUUUUUUGGUCUUCCCUUUUGAAAAUCAGUGAUUUGGAAACACAAUCAUGGAUGUGAAAUAGGUUUUUCUUUUUCUUUUUUUUUUUUUUUUUUUUUGUAGAUGCAUAAAACCAACAGUUUGAAUUAUUCGUUUCUAGUCUCAUCUGGAAGUCGAUGAUAAAUAAAGAGAACCAUUUAUUUGAAUUACGCCACCAUGCUGUUCACUGUGUGUUUGCCAUUGCUUUUUCAUAUUCAUAUGUACGUCAACAAUCUUUGCCAUGCUUUCUGACUGACUGCUCUUGUCUUUGAGUAUAUUUACAGUACACCAGUAAAAAAAUGUGGCUUUGCAUCGCUGGAUUUGAAGAGAUUUCUCAUGAAAGAGAUACUUCAGUAUAAAUAUGUGGGGGAAAAAAAGGGGCAUUUCACCUCUGGCUUCAGUGUGCUGUAGCCAAAGACAAUCUCUGAAGUGGAAACCAAUUGCAUCUAAGAGAGGGCAGCCCAAAGUUGGACUCAAAACCAGAUGUUGCCUGAUUUCAUCCCAAAAAAAUAGAAAUUUCUUCAAUGCCAAAUGUGAAAAACUGAAUUCUUUUCUGUUGUAAAUGGGUCUUGGCUGAGUAGCCUAGCUGGUCAUGAAGUAUGACGGGCAGUGUCUUGCAGGAAGACAGAAAUGGGCAUCCUUUGCUGACUGAUUUAGCAUGGUAGCUCAAUAUGUGGCCACGCCCGAAAGCUCUCCCUGCUCAGUGGGACUCCCAAAGGUUAACACAGUCCACACGCACAAUACGUCAUUUGUAGCUGUGCACAAUAUCUGCCACAAUUAGUUCAUUUUUGGCAUUUUUAUUGGGCUUAAACUUGUAAGGCGCAAUCUCAUAAUGCUUACUGAGUAGAAAAUGGCUUUAAGGGUCGCCAUAUAUCUUGAUCUUGACUUUUUUUAACCGAUUCAUCCUCCUCCCCCUCCAUCAGAGGGAGGCAAGAUGAUGAAUCAUCAUCAUCAUCCUGACCUUUCCAGUCCUAAGGGCUGAUGUUGAGACCUCACUGAGUCCAGUGUGAUGCAGACUGUUGGCUUUGAAUCUGAACCAAGAGCCAACGCCAAAAGAGGGCUGAAUGCAAGCAAGCAUGGGGAAUAAGAAAACCAUAGUCAUAUUUGUUAGAACCGAAUAUUGGGCUGAAACAUCAAAAUUAUGACCUGAAGUGGUGAACCGUCUUCUAAACCUGAGUGUCAGUCUUUCAUGGCACAAAAUGUGUAUGUAAGUUACUUUUUUCUUGGAGCUGCAAUAAGAACCAUUGUAAAAAUACAAAAAAAUACUUUGGAUAAUCAUGUACAGCAAAUUGAAUCUUGGUUUAGUUUGUAACUAAAGGUAAUCCUUGAACAUCUAAAUGUAUUUUCUAGCAGUUUAGGAAAUCGCUUUCUAUGCUUGGUAUGCUAUGUAAAAGAAAAAAAUAACAAAAAAAAAAAAAAGAUCUUUGCAGAAAUAUGGAAGUACCUGCAUUGCUUGUGACUAGAGUGUUCACUCUUAAUUGCUGUAUGUACAUUUUUUUCAGUAGCCUGCUGUUGAACAUGCAUCAUAAGAGCCAUAGACAGAGCACACAGCGGAUUAUAAUUCUGGUCAGAUUACUGCUGUUGAUCCUGUGAGGAAACGCGAGGCCUCACACACAAGACUGAGACAACUGGUGUUCAGACUGGACUCGUGACCAACGCCACACUGAAAACCGCAGCCCUGCUUGUCUCUGUCUCCCUGACUGAAGCCGGAUACUAAAAGCCACAUUUUUUGCUCGUGUCCACAGGCCAGUUUUGUGGGAACUAUCACUUUCUGUCACUCGACGUCCCGGCUCCACUCUGCGGCCAUUUUCCACCCCCCACAUAGUGUCCGUUACGUUCAGUUGGCACGCGAGGUGGCACGAGAGAAAGCAAUGUGUAGUUGAGCGCAGGCUGUUGUAACUGGCUUGAAGAAAACAUGCCUCUCUACAGUAUUUCAGGGUCUUUCACUGCCCAUUUCUAUUAACCGAAGGUUUUUUUAAUAUAUAAACAAUAUGUCUGGUUUUAUUACCCUGUUCUGCUGUCUGUCCCGAUUCUUCAACCCUCUGUCCAAGUACGAGUUUAAGCAACCUCAGAGCAGAUUUGGAAGCAAGUGGGAAAUGUUGGUCAAAGGGAAGCCGUUGCAGCACAUUCAGUCUGUACUUGAGCAGAGGGGUGGGGGAGCCGGCACUCAGCCGUCCAGCUUUGCUGUCAUCCUGCCCCGUCUCUGACCUUCCAUUGUUCCAACAAGUCUUUCAACUCAGUACCUCAGAAAACUAAAUAUAUGUUUUUUCUAUCAAACCGUGAUGUUAAGAAGACUUUCCAGAGUUGAUUCAGUGUUGUGCUUGGGGUGUGUGACCAGCUCUUGUGUACAGAUGAGGGUGGACAUUGUGAAAGGGCGGGGGGCGUAUGAAACAUGGUAGGACUAUGUGCUCGUACAGCAGGGUUGGGUUCAAGUCACGCUCGAUAAGAUCAAUUUAGGAAGUGGAAAUUUUAAAACUUUGUUUUGGCAUGAGGAGAGAGAGCCCGAGCUAAUACGUGAAGAAUUAUGCCGGCUGUGAAUGAACGCCUUCAUCACAGUCCAAAUCAAUCGCAGGUGUUUGGUUUUUAAUUGACUGAAGUGAAAGGAGGUUGAGCCCAACUCUGUCCGGGCCUCCAGCUCUUAGUGCAUGGAGGAGCCAUGUUUUUAUGGAGCAGGGGAAAAAAAGCCUUGCGAGGGGUUUUUCUUUCCCUGUGUAUAUUAUAAAGACCUACCUUUUUUUUUUUUUUUUUUUUUUUUAACGAGGGCAAGGUUGAUUUGGAGUGUGUUGACAAAUGACGACUCUGAAGAGCUUUGCAAAUGGACUGUGAGAGAAAAUUUAUGAGGUUAAAGUCUAAUGGACCGGAGAAAAUACAGUGCAGCUUUCGUACUUAUGGACAGAGCUUGAGAUCUGUUACGUUUUUGGAGUCCGUCUCCGAUGUAGAGAAGAAUUUCUAUCUUUGGCAGUGCAAAACAAUUUAAUGGCUCCUGUUAUAUAGAGUUAGUGCUAAACAUUAUGGGAUUUGCAGAUCUUUAUUCAUAUAAUUAAAUGGUCCAAGACUACUAAAAGCCAGUUUCAUCCCAAUUUCCAUAGCUGUAUAAACCUCUGCUUGCAAUGUUUUUUUUUUGUUUUUUUUUUUAACUGUUACUGUAUAGUCAUUAUUACCUCUAAGACUCUGCUCUUUAAUCACUUUUUGUUCUUAUUCUUUUUACUGACAAAAUUUACGCUAGAUAUUGCCAGCUUAUUAGUGUAGGAUUUUUUAAUCAAUCAGGGAUGUUUUGCACCAUGCACUGUCGCUGGGUAGACAUGAAAUAUUAGAUUAAUUAAAAAGAAUCAUAAGAAACGAUUGAAAUUAAGGCUAUUUUUUAUUUGUAUGUCAUCUGUUUUCAAAUCAAUCACAAAUUGUCUCUGUUACAAGGUAGAAAUAAAACAUAGAAUUUGUAUAA